UUUCCCUUCCGGCUCCUGUCUCCUUUGGGUCGUCAUGGCGGCGCCCGUCCAGCCGCUGCUUAUUUUGUCGCUCCUGCUCCUUUCUUGGCUUCCCCCGCCGGCGGGAGCCGUCUACGAGGACCAAGUGGGCAAGUUCGACUGGAGGCAGCAGUACGUGGGCAAGCUCAAAUUCGCCUUUUUGGAAGCCUCCCCCGCCUCCAAGAAGCUGAUUGUGGCUACGGAGGAGAACGUGGUGGCUGCGCUGAACUCCCGCAGUGGUGAAAUCCUGUGGCGACAUGUGGACAAAGGGACUCCUGAAGGGGCGGUGGAUGCCAUGCUGAUCCAUGGUCAAGAUGCCAUCACGGUUUCCAACGGGGGUCGUAUCCUGCGCUCUUGGGAAACAAACAUUGGGGGCCUGAAUUGGGAGGUUUUGAUGGACGCUGGCAGCUUUCAGAUGGCUAGCUUGGUUGGAGUCCAAGAUGCUGUGAAGUAUGUGGCCAUUUUGAAGAAGAGUUCCCUGCUCCUACAUUAUCUCUCCAACGGUUACCAAAAAUGGACAGAACAUUUGCCAGAAAGCGAGAUGGUCCAGUAUCAGCUAGUCUAUUCCCACGGAACAGGUGUGGUGCAUGUUGUCGGAAUUUCUCCACAAAGCCACCUCAGCAUCCUGACCUUCAGCAUCGAGGAUGGCGAAAUGACAAGACAGAUCAGGGUGGCAGCUCCCUGGUUGAGGAACCUAGCGGGGGCUUGCAGCGUCGUAGAAGAAGUGACGCUCGUGUGUGUGAACCCAGCUACUCAGUCCCUUUACACCUUGUCCCUGGAGGCGGAGGAGGAGAUGGAGGAGGUUCCGCUGCAGUCUCUCGGCCUGGAAUUUGCAGACCUUUCCGAAGCCGGCAUCCUGUCCUCCCAGCCGAACCCAGCCAGAGCUCCCCGGCCUCAGUUCUACCUGCGUCUGUCGCCCACCCACUUCGCUCUCUUGCAAUAUCGGCACGGCGUCUUGAGCCUCCUUCGGAAUUUCCCGCAGGCCAGCCUUGUGACUUUUGCGACUACCGGUGAGAAGACCGUGACAGCUGUCCUUGCCUGCAAGGGCGAAGGGGAAGGCCCUUUCUGCCCUGCCCAGGCCUACACCAUCAACUUGUACCUGGCUGAAACCGGGCAGAGGCUUCUGGACACUCUCAUCACCUUCACUCUGGAGAAGAGUAGCAUCAGGCCUGAGCAGCUCUUCAUUCAGGUCUUUUUAAAGAAGGAUGAUUCCGUCGGGUACCGUGCCUUGGUGCAAACGGAGGAUCACCUCCUCCUGUUCCUGCAACAGCCAGGAAAGAUUUGGUGGACCCGGGAAGAGUCUCUGGCUGAGGUGGUUAGUCUGGAGAUGGUUGACCUGCCCUUGACGGGGGCCCAGGCAGAACUGGAGGGCGAAUUCGGGAAGAAAGCUGACUAAAUGUUGAAUUGUUUCCUGUCCAACGCGAGGGUGUCUUCAUCGUUCCCUCCUCUUUCCUCCUCAUCCUCUUCCCUCCUGAGGCCAGACAAGACGCUUCCACUAUCCAGAGUGUCUCCUAAGAACCGCUUAAUUCGGAGAUUUUUCCUCCCUCCUUCCCAGCUUUUCGGCAUAGAGAGCAGCUCGGGCACCAUCCUAUGGAAGCAGUUCCUCCAGGACGUGCGUCCCGGCUCUUCCUUUAAGCUGAUGGUCCAGAGGACGACGGCGCAUUUCCCCCACCCGCCACAAUGCACCCUGUUGGUCAAGGACAAGGAGUCAGGCCUCAGCAAACUCUACGUCUUCAACCCCAUCUUCGGCAAGUGGAGCCAGGUGACUCCUCCGGGGCUGAGCCGCCCCAUCCUGCAAUCCAUCCUGCUUCCCAUCAUGGACCAGGAUUACGCCAAAGUGCUGCUGCUGAUCGACGACGAGUACAAGGUGACUGUCUUUCCGGCCACCAAGAACGUCCUGCGGCAGCUGGCAGAAAUGGCCCCCUCCGUCACUUUCUAUCUGGCGGACGACAAACGCGGGAAGCUGAUGGGACGGAGGCUGAGACGGGAUCUGGCAACGGAAGAGACCUGGGACAUCACCAUCCCGCCUGAUCUGCAGCGCAUUGUGACGGUGAAAGGGAAGCGGGCCAACGAACAUGUCCACUCUCAAGGCCGGGUGAUGGGCGACCGCAGCGUCCUGUACAAGUCGCUGAACCCCAACCUGCUGGCUGUGGUGACCGAGAGCACGGACACCCACCCGGAGCGCUCGUUCAUUGGAAUCUAUCUGAUCGACGGCGUCACCGGUCGGAUCAUCCAUUCCUCGGUGCAGAAGAAGGCCGAGGGGCCGGUGCACAUUGUCCAUUCGGAAAACUGGGUGGUGUACCUCUAUUGGAACGCCAAGGCCCGUCGGAACGAGUUCACAGUGCUGGAGCUGUACGAGGGCACCACGCAAUACAACGCCACGGCCUUCAGCUCCCUGGACCGGCCCUACUCGCCCCAGGUGCUGCAGCAGUCCUACAUCUUCCCCUCCGCCAUCAGCACCCUGGAAGCUACCAUCACCGAACGGGGCGUCACGAGUCGCCAUCUGCUGAUCGGUCUUCCUUCGGGGGCCAUUUUGUCCCUUCCCAAGGCUUUGCUGGAUCCACGGCGGCCGGAAGUCCCCACAGAGCAAACGAGGGAAGAAAACCUGAUCCCUUAUUCCCCGGAUGUGCAAAUCCAUGCCGAGAGGUUCAUCAACUACAAUCAAACCAUCUCCCGAAUGAGGGGCAUUUACACAGCCCCAUCGGGCCUGGAGUCCACUUGUCUGGUGGUGGCUUAUGGGUUAGACCUCUACCAGACCAGAGUCUACCCCUCCAAACAGUUCGACGUCCUCAAAGACGAUUAUGAUUAUGUCUUGAUCAGCAGCGUGUUGUUCGGGCUGGUCUUCGCCACCAUGAUCACCAAGAGGCUGGCCCAGGUGAAGCUGCUGAACCGGGCCUGGCGGUAACGGUAGAGAAGCACACAGGCCCACUUUUGACGGCGGAACGGCCGAGCCCUUGCGAGUGGGUUGCAGUCUCAUUUGAAAGGGAGGGGUACUUGCCCCCUUUCCACCCACCCCGGAGGAAGAAAGAACUGCCCUGCCUGUUUGCCCAAACCCGUCUCCGAUUCACUGCGGAAAACGAGAAAUUCCAGAAAUGGGGAAGGUUCUGUGAAAUUAAGCCGCUUUUUCCCCCCCGUCCUUCGACGCCAGCGCUGCGAAACUGCUUUGCUGCUUGAACUUUUUACGAUGAACCUUUUUUCAGCUCCUGAAGCUGUGAUAAAACAUUGUCAUCCUGUUUCUUCCCCCCUGAAAUUUUAGCUCAGAUUUCAGCCAGAUUUCUCUAUAGAGCCUGUUUCCGUUCUCUUCUCCCCCGCCACCCCCACAAAGAAGAAAAUGGCUGUGGAGAAAGAAAGAAAAAAACCCCCACCCCAGUCUUUUGAGAGAAUGUGUGAAAAUAUCAGCUUGGAAAAUGGAUAUAAAUCAGGCAAUAAUGAACCUGUUCCAUCUUCCAUCUCGCAAGGAAUUCAAAGGGAGACUUGGCUUGUCUUUUCCCUGCACUGAAUUUUUAAACUUAUUUUUUUAAUUGGCUCCUUUUGUUCUUAGAUUGUUUUCCCCUCCUUUGUCUCAUAGUUCCUAAUUUAUAUUGACUUUUGGGGGGGGGAAUCUGUCCAGCUUUGGGUUAUGGGAGUACUUGAAGCUCAUUGAAAAAAAAAAAAACAAGUUUUGACUUUCUGAAUGAAAACAUUUUCCUGAAUUGUGUUUUUUGUUUUCUCUUUAUGGCAAGUGAGUGGCUUGCUUUGUUGGUUUAUUUAUAUUUAUUUUGAGGAGGGUUUUGGGUUGCGGUGGGCAGAGUCUAAAUCUGGAGUUUGCAGGGUAGAAAUUUGCAUUUUCUGUCGGGGGAAAAAAUGUGAAGUCAGACCUAUUUCCCCCUGUAAUCCAGUUCAGGCACAGCAGAAAUAAAAGAAAUCACAGUGAA